AACUUGAGGAGCCAGUCUAGGGCCUAAGCGCAGACGCACUAAGCCCAAGCAGCCGGUGAUGGCGGCAGCAGCGGCGGUGGUUGCGGCGGGUCCGGGCCCAUGAGGCGACGACGGAGGCGGGACGGCUUUUACCCAGCGCCGGACUUCCGAGACAGGGAAGCUGAGGACAUGGCAGGAGUGUUUGACAUAGACCUGGACCAGCCAGAGGACGCGGGCUCUGAGGAUGAGCUGGAGGAGGGGGGUCAGUUAAAUGAAAGCAUGGACCAUGGGGGAGUUGGACCAUAUGAACUUGGCAUGGAACAUUGUGAGAAAUUUGAAAUUUCGGAAACUAGUGUGAACAGAGGGCCAGAAAAAAUCAGACCAGAAUGUUUCGAGCUACUUCGGGUACUUGGUAAAGGGGGCUAUGGAAAGGUUUUUCAAGUACGGAAAGUAACAGGAGCAAAUACUGGGAAAAUAUUUGCCAUGAAGGUGCUUAAAAAGGCAAUGAUAGUAAGAAAUGCUAAAGAUACAGCUCAUACAAAAGCAGAACGGAAUAUUCUGGAGGAAGUAAAGCAUCCCUUCAUUGUGGAUUUAAUUUAUGCCUUUCAGACCGGUGGAAAACUCUACCUCAUCCUUGAGUAUCUCAGCGGAGGAGAAUUAUUUAUGCAGUUAGAAAGAGAAGGAAUAUUUAUGGAAGACACAGCCUGCUUUUACUUGGCAGAAAUCUCCAUGGCUUUGGGGCAUUUACAUCAAAAGGGGAUCAUCUACAGAGACCUGAAGCCGGAGAAUAUCAUGCUAAAUCACCAAGGUCAUGUGAAACUAACAGACUUUGGACUAUGCAAGGAAUCUAUUCAUGAUGGAACAGUCACACACACAUUUUGUGGAACAAUAGAAUACAUGGCCCCUGAAAUCUUGAUGAGAAGUGGCCACAAUCGUGCUGUGGAUUGGUGGAGUUUGGGAGCAUUAAUGUAUGACAUGCUGACUGGAGCACCCCCGUUCACUGGGGAGAAUAGAAAGAAAACAAUUGACAAAAUCCUCAAAUGUAAACUCAAUUUGCCUCCCUACCUCACACAAGAAGCCAGAGAUCUGCUUAAAAAGCUGCUGAAAAGAAAUGCUGCUUCUCGUCUUGGAGCUGGUCCUGGGGAUGCUGGAGAAGUUCAAGCUCAUCCAUUCUUCAGGCAUAUUAAUUGGGAAGAACUGCUGGCUAGGAAGGUGGAACCCCCUUUUAAACCUCUGUUGCAAUCUGAGGAGGAUGUGAGUCAGUUUGAUUCAAAGUUUACACGUCAGACACCUGUUGACAGCCCAGAUGACUCAACUCUCAGUGAAAGUGCCAACCAGGUCUUUCUGGGUUUUACAUAUGUUGCUCCAUCUGUACUUGAAAGUGUGAAAGAAAAAUUUUCCUUUGAACCAAAAAUCCGAUCACCUCGAAGAUUUAUUGGCAGCCCGCGAACACCUGUCAGCUCUUCCUUGUCUUAAAGCCCAGUCAAAUUUUCUCCUGGGGAUUUCUGGGGAAGAGGUGCUUCAGCCAGCACGGCAAAUCCUCAGACACCUGUGGAAUAUCCAAUGGAAACAAGUGGAGUAGAGCAGAUGGAUGUGACGAUGAGUGGGGAAGCUUCAGCACCACUUCCCAUACGACAGCCGAACUCUGGGCCAUACAAAAAACAAGCUUUCCCCAUGAUCUCCAAACGACCAGAGCACCUACGUAUGAAUCUAUGACAGAGCAAUGAUUUUAAUGAAUUUAAGGCAAAAACAGGUGAGGAAGGGAUAUGUGAGCAUCCUGUAAAGUGAAACAAGAAAGCUCAAAAUGACAGUCUUGAAGAGUCAGUGUCAUUACAUUGAACACUUUGGACAGAGGAAAAAUAAACAUGGAUUUUAAAAAAAUCAAUCAAUGGUGCAAAAAAAAAAAACAAAAAAACUUAAGCAUAAUAGUAUUGUGGAACUCUUAGGCACAUCAAUUGAUUCCUAGCGACAUCUUCUCAACCUUAUCAAGGAUUUUCAUGUUGAUGGCUCAAAACUGACAGUAUUAAGGGUAGGAUGUUGCUUCUGAAUCACUGUUGAGUUCUGAUUGUGUCGAAGAAGGGUUAUCCUUUCAUUAGGCAAAGUAUGAAAUUGCCUGUAAUACUUGCAACUAAGGACAAAUUAGCAUGCAAGCUUGUUCAAACUUUUCCAGCAACAUGGAAUCAAAGACAAAAGAAACUUAACAGUUGAUGUUUUACGUGCAAACAACCUGAAUCUUUUUUUUAUAUAAAUAUAUAUUUUUCAAAUAGAUUUUUGAUUCAGCUCAUUAUGGAAAACAUCCCAACUUUAAAAUGCAAAAUUAUUGGUUGGUGUGAAGAAAGCCAGACAACUUCUGUUUCUUCUCUUGGUGAAACAAUAAAAAUGCAAAUGAAUCAUUGUUAACCACAGCUGUGGCUAUUUUGAGGGAUUGGGGUGGACAUGGGGUUUAUUUUCAGUAACCCAGCUGCAAUACCUGUCUGUAAUACUAGGAAAAAAAAAAUCUAUUUAAUCAUUUCUACUUGCAGUACUGCUAUGUGCUAAGCUUAACUGGAAGCUUUGGAAUGGGCAUAAUUUGUAUGUCCUACAUUGCAUCCUUGACCUGGGCCUGCAUUGCACUGGAAAAAUAUCGCCCCCUGUUCUUAUACCAGUAUUUGGUUCAAGACGCCAAAUAUUUUCAGCCUAUGGCUGAAGAAGAAUGGAAAAGAGGAUAAAAUACAUACUGAGGGCAGUAAAGUGAGGGAGAGAGGGAGAUCCAGGGGAAGAGGGUGUUAUCAUGUUCCACUCUCUAUGUCUAAUCUCUUUACAGCAAAUUGUUAAGAUUUUAAGUUUUACUUUUAACUGUUUUUGCUGUCUACCUUCCUUACAUUUUUUUCCUCAGCAGUUUCAAAAGGAAAAAGAGUUUCUUCUAUACUGGGGCUACAUUUUUUGAUUGUAAAAACAUUUGAUGGCCUUUUGAUGAAUGUCUUCCACAGUGAAUAAGAAAACUUAGUGGUUUAAUUUAGGAAACAUGUGAACAAGACAUUAUGUUUUUGAAAUUGUAACAAAAUCUACAUAAGUGAUAUACAGGUACAAAGAAUAAAAAUAAAGGUAACUUUACCUUUCUUAAAUACUUCCUGCCUUAAAGAGCGCAUUUCCAUGACUUUAGCUGGUGAAAGGGUUUAAUAUCUGCAGAGCUUUAUAAAAAUACAUUUCAGUGCAUACUGGUAUAAUAGUUGAUCAUGCAGUUGAGUCUUAUCACCUCCUUUUGUUAUAAUGUCUUCUGAGUGUGCAAAGUCAAUUUGUAAUAUUUUGCAACCCUAUACUUUUUUUAAAUAGUUGCUGCUUGCUAUGUUCUUCAAACCUUUUUGAGCCAUAGGAUCCAAGCCAUAAGAUUCUUUAUGCAUGUUGAAUUCAGUCAGAAAAGAGGAAAGCUUUGCUUAUUUAAAUGGCAAUUCAAGUGAGAUGAGAUGAAAUCCUAUGACACUGAGCAAAAUAGAACCACGAAAAGUGAUUGGAAAUAUACCUUUUCAAUUUUGGCAAUAAAUGAAGAAAUUGGUAACAGUU